AUGCUUACAGAGGCUGCAGUGCUUCCUGAGUUAUCUUGCAACGCUACUUCAUGUUCCCUCGCUGGUCUCGCAUCUGGCCCCCUUCAGCAGGGCUCCUCUCAUGAGGCAUUCGCAGAUGUCGAUACCAGUGUUUAUACUCUCACAGUUGUCUUCAUGGUGAUGUUGGCCGUUCUAUUGUUCCUGGCCGAUGAGACGCGCGGUACGAGACCGAAGUCUUCUAUGGCCUACUACACCAUAUUUUAUCCAGACGAGUCAAUUCCAUG